CAGAGAAGGCUCCAGGCGUGUGCUAAAUGCAGAGCUACCAGAUGGGCCUGGCUGCCCCAGGCUCUGCAGCGCUGUCCCCUAGGUGACAGCUGUGCGAAAGCUCAGGUGCAAAGACCAUCAGUAUUGCCCAGAAAGGAGGAAGAGGAACAGAGAAAUCGGUGCUUCUCCCAACAGCAGAUCAGACAAGUCCUCGGAACCCAGGACCCAGGAUAUCGGUUUCUUCUUGGAGAACGGGAGUCCCCUGCAAGAGUCCCACAGCCCAUCAGUGGCUCAGUCCUCCUCACUCCCAGGCUUUGGGGCUUUGCAAAGAGCCAGAACCUAGGAGGCCAGGAGAGCACCUGGGGGCGAAGGGGCCUAAGGACUUUGUUGUCAGGAACAUAUCCCAACCAGGAGCAGUGGCAUGGGCUACAAUGAGGAGCUUACUGGAGCCCCACCUGGCACCGAGGUGCCUCAGGAGCUGCUGGAAGAAAUGCUUUGGUUUUUUCGCGUAGAAGAUGCAACUCCUUGGACUAGUUCCAUGUUUGCCCUGGUGGCCGUGGUGGUCGUGAUAAGCAUCGUCUUCUUGGGAAGGAACAUCCAGGCAAACAGAAAUCAAAAGAGGCUGCCACCGGAAAAACAAACUUCAGAAGUCCUGUACUUGGCCGAGGCCAGAAACAAAGAUGACAACAACCUGACCAUCCUAAGAGAGACUUUGCUCUCAGAAAAGCCAAAGUUGGCCCAGGUGGAAAUGGAGGCAAAAGACAGUGAUGUGCCGCCAGUCAUUCUUCCAGACCCACGAGAAUCUGAGAGCUAGUCAGGGUGCAGGGCAGUGCCCCCGUGGUGUUAGCAGACAGAGUGAGUGAACUGCAAUCAAACUAAAACCCUGUUAGGAAAAAACGAACAAAAUCUUUUUAUUAAAAAGCUUCUGGA